AUGUGCUCGAUAAUGUCUAUAAUAUAUAAAUAGUGCAUCUAACUGCAAUUCAUGCCGAUUUAAAUAAAAUAACUAAUAUUGUUGGCUUAUACUCUAAUUUUGAAACUAACACAUGUUAUUAUAAAGGUGGAGAUGGAAUAAUGA